AGACAGAGGCAAGGAGACACACCACCAUGGCGCAACCAGACGAAAAGGAGGCGCGGCUGCAGCGAUGGGUCGGCAGGCUGCAGAGCCUUCCCAGCAUCGCGCUGCCGACAGACUAUCCUAGACCGACGACUUCGCAGGUGGUCCAGGCGCUCUCGUCUCUGCACCUCUCUUCGCGCACACGCACUGCUCUCGUCCAGCUGGGCAUUCACCACGAUGUCGAGCACGGCCAUGGGGAUGAGGAGGAAGACGAAGAAGAAGACGACGAGGGACGGAGCGACGAGAACGGGCAUUCGAGCGUACCAUCACCCUUCCACCUCCUCUUGGCCGCUUUUGUCACUGUACUCCAUCGCUACACCGGCGACACUGACAUUGUUGUGGGCUCUUCCUCGCCCAUCACGGGCGAGCCCUUGCUGCUGAGGAUCCCCAUUGAGCCGGGUGACCCCUUCUGGCAGAUUGUCAGGCGGAUCCAGGCCGUCGAAAAGGAGGCGGCCGACGAUAUCGCUAGCUACGAGGACAUCGUCGAUCGACUCGAGGCAAUCAAGAAGGAAAAGGAGGAAAAGGGAAGCUCUUCGGCGCCGAGCGCACCCAUCUUCCGUGUACGAUUCUUUGACGAGCUGGGAAGCCGGCAGCGAAACUUUGUGCAGAGCACUAGCUUGACGACGGACCUGACAAUCUUUGUUGCGAAGCCUGGCGCAAAGAUUGGAGCCAGCGAGGGAGACGGUGCCGCCGAUGCGUUGGGAUCGUCGGUCACUAGCGAGGGAACGGUCAAAGGUUCGACGUCCUCGUCGGCCUCUCGGUCUGCUCUGGUGCCCGACAUCUCGCUCUACUCGUCGUACAACGCCCUCAUCUUUUCGGCAGACAGGGUCAAGCUGCUCCUUGCGCACAUCUCCCACGUCGUCAUCGCGGCCUCUUCGAACCCAACAGCGCUCGUCGGCAGCAUCGGGCUGCGGACGAAGGCAGAAGAUGCAGCGCUGCCCGACCCCAGGACCGAUCUGGACUUUUGUGGCUGGCAGGGCAGCAUCACAAGCAUCUUUGAGCGGAAUGCAAAGGCGCAUCCGGACCGUCGCUGCAUCGUCGAGAGCCUUCCCCAAGAGGACGCGCGGGCGAUCUCCAUGCCACCGCCUGCGAGCCGAGUGCGUCAGAUUUCCUACCACCAGCUCGACGAGGCUAGCAAUGUGCUGGCCCACCACUUGCUCCAAUCCGGUCUGCAGCGAGAGGAAGUCGUGACUGUGUAUGCGUACCGAGGUGCAGAUCUCGUCGUGGCCGUUUUGGGAACCCUCAAGGCUGGAGGCACCUUUAGCGUCAUCGAUCCUGCCUACCCUCCAAGCAGGCAGACCAUCUACCUGCAAGUGGCCAAGCCGCGUGCCCUUGUCGUCCUUGCAAAGGCGGGCAAGCUGCACCCCACUGUGCGCAAGUGCAUCCAGGACGAGCUUGAGAUCCGAACCGAGGUGCCCGCCCUGGAGCUCCUUGACGACGCCUCCAAGGUUCGUGGUGGCUCGCACCAAGAAAGAGGCGCCGACGUUCUGCAAGGGCAACAAGCACUGGCAUCGCAGAGCACAAAUGUCAUCCUCGGUCCCGACAGCAUCGGCACCCUCUCCUUUACCUCCGGCUCGACCGGCAUCCCCAAGGGCGUGCGAGGUCGCCACCACUCUCUGACCCAUUUCUUCCCCUGGAUGGGGACUCGCUUCGACCUCGACGCUUCCUCGCGCUUCACCAUGCUCAGCGGCAUCGCUCACGACCCCAUCCAGCGCGACAUCUUUACGCCGCUCUUCUUUGGUGCUGAGCUGCAUGUGCCGACAGCAGACGACAUUGGCACUCCUGGCAGGCUAGCCGAGUGGAUGGCCGCCACGCAGGCCACCGUCACACACCUGACUCCGGCCAUGGGUCAGCUCCUCUCGGCCCAAGCGACGGCCCUGAUUCCUACGCUAAGGAACGCAUUCUUUGUGGGCGACGUCCUGACCAAGAGGGACUGCACUAGAUUGCAAGCGCUCGCCGCCAAUGUCCGCAUCAUCAACAUGUACGGCACCACCGAGACGCAGCGUGCUGUCAGCUACUUUGAGAUCCCUGCCAUCAGUGACCGAGCCACUUUCCUGGCCACACAAAAGGACAUCAUGCCUGCCGGCCAGGGCAUGAAGGAUGUCCAACUGCUCGUCGUGAACCGGCACGAGCGAACGGCGACAUGCGCCGUGGGCGAAGUAGGCGAGAUCUAUGUCCGCUCAGGCGGUCUCGCCGAGGGCUACCUCGGCCCACCGGAAGUGACUGCGGAGAAGUUUGUCGCCAAUUUCCUGGAAAAGGAUGACACCAAGUUCAGCGACACACUCGUCGGUCGGCCAGAAGCGCAGUUCUGGAAGGGCAUCCGCGACCGCAUGUACAGGACUGGCGACCUGGGAAGAUACCUGCCCGAUGGCACAGUCGAAUGCACGGGCCGUGCCGACGACCAGGUCAAGAUUCGAGGCUUCCGAAUCGAGCUGGGCGAGAUUGACACGCACCUGUCGAGGCACGCUUACGUUCGCGAAAACGUGACGCUGGUCCGUCGUGACAAGGACGAAGAGAAGGUCCUCGUCUCGUACUUUGUCCCCAGUUCCAGUGCUGCAGAGUUGGAGUACAGCGAGAGCAGUGAUGGAGAAGCAGGGUCCUCGGCCAAUGCAUCGACGGGCUCGAGCAACAAGGACCUUGUCAGGGGCAUGCGUCGCUACCGCAACCUGAUCAAGGACAUCCGCGACCAUCUCAAGAAGAAGCUGCCGGCAUACUCGGUCCCGACGCUCUUCGUGCCCCUGGGCAAGAUGCCGCUCAACCCCAAUGGCAAGAUCGACAAGCCUGCUCUUCCCUUCCCAGACACAGCCGUGGCCAGCGCUGCCCUCAUGUCAUCUUCGUCGAGCAAGCGAAGGCAGGCUGCGGGGGCUGCAAUAGUCAAUGGCGGCUCAACAAAGGGCGACGCCAAUUCUGCAUCGGCCCGAGAUGCGACGCCAACGGAGCAGGCGGUGGCCGAUCUGUUCGCCUCCCUCCUACCGUCGUGUCCCAGGCCUGUUCCCUUUGACGAGUCCUUCUUUGACCUUGGCGGGCAUUCCAUCCUUGCCACUCGGCUCGUCUUCUCGAUGCGCAAGACAUUCGUCGUCAAUGUGCCCCUGGGCAUCGUCUUCGAGAGCCCUACCGUCGAGGGUCUCGCUAAGGAAGUCGAACGGCUGCGCCAUGCAGACUUGAACAUUGGCGCGGAGCCUGUGACCAACUCCACGAAUGCGGACUUGGCUGCAAAGGCCAAUGCGGCUCCCAACGGUCCGCAAGAGCACGCGCAGGCUGUCGUGGGAGAAGACGACUACGACAGAGAUGUCGAUGCGCUCGGCCGAACAUUGCCCGAAUCAUUCAUCAGCUCUGGCGCGCUCUCCAACAUCGCAUCCAAUUCCAGCUCCUCUGCUCAGCAGCAGCAGCAACAGAAGCGCACGGUGCUUCUGACGGGUGCCACUGGCUUCUUGGGUGCCUUUGUCCUUCGCGAUCUUCUGUCUCUGCGGCAGAAGGAGGUGGGCCGCGUCAUUGCUCAUGUGCGAGCAAAGGACUCGGCGUCGGGCCUCGCCAGGCUUCGCGAGGGCGGGACGGCAAGGAGCUGCUGGGAUGAGGCAUGGGUCGAAGAGGGCCGUUUGGAAGUCAUUGUGGGUGAUUUGGCAGAAGAGAGACUGGGUCUCAAGGAGCGGGAAUGGGUCAGGCUCGCGCAAGAGGUCGACGUCAUUGUCCACAACGGCGCUCUGGUCCACUGGGUGUACCCAUACAGUAAGCUUCGUGCGCCCAACGUCUUGUCGACAGUGGCCUGCAUCAACCUGUGCGCCACGGGCAAGCCGAAGACGUUUACCUUGGUCUCCUCGACGUCGGCUCUUGAUACGGAGCACUACGUCCGACUUUCAGAUGCUCUGGUCCAUCAGCGGAGCACCGAUGCGACUCAGCAAGGGCAGCAGCAGCCGCUUCUUGGCGUGCCAGAGACUGACACGCUCCAGGGCAGUGCUCGGGGUCUCAAGUCUGGCUAUGGUCAGUCUAAAUACGUGGCCGAGCGGCUGGUCAUGGUGUGCGCGUCGCGAGGCUUGCGUGCCUCCAUCAUCCGUCCCGGCUACGUCGUCGGCGAUAGCGAGAGUGCCGUCACAAACACAGACGACUUCAUCUGGCGACUUGUCAAGGGUUCUACCCAGCUCGGUCUCAUUCCUGACAUGUGGAACUCAAUUAACAUGGUCCCGGUCGAUCAUGUCGCCAGAAUCGCAAGCUUGGCCGCCCUGGACACGGCAACGCAGAAGCCACUCCGCGAGACGGGAGGCGCCAGGGUAUACCACGUCACAGGUCACCCAGAGAUUAGACUCAACGACGUCCUCGAGGCCCUGGCCACCUAUGGCUGGAAGAUCAGCAAGGGAGAGUACGUCCAGUGGCGCGCUCGCCUCGAGGACCACGUCAUGGCUGGCGGCGGUGGCGAAGAGACCAAUGCGCUAUUCCCUCUUCUCCACUUCGUCCUCGACGAUCUGCCCACAUCUACCAAAUCGGCCGAGCUCGAUGACCGGCACACUGAGGCGCUCCUCGACGCCCACGGCGAAAGCAGCAAGGCGGGCGUUGUCGCAGGUGUCGACGAGGCUCUGGUCGGCACCUACCUCUCCUGGCUUGUCGCGGUUGGUUUCCUCGACAAACCGACCGUCCAGGCGGGCGAGCCCACAUCGUUGAACGAGCAGCAGCAACAGCCAGACCGGCCAGCCGUCAAGCCGUUGCCUGCGCUCAAGGGUGAUGGUGUCGGCCUGAGAGCGAUUGGGAGAGGUUCUGCCCACUAGCUUCGGUCUGGUUUCCUGUUAGCGCUAUAGAGACAAGUUAGACAGUGAAGUUAUUGCAAGAAUGUUGAUAAUGGUAGAGUUAGAGCGCUGUGCACCUUUGCUCGCAUGCUUAGUGUCGUUUCUGCUCUCGGCGGCAGUCCGUCGUAGUGAUGGGCAUUUGAAUUCCGAC